AUGACGAGCAUAAUUGAGCACACAAGUGGCGCUACCUCACACAAAUUCGAUCCAAACUUCACACAAAAUGUAAUCGGCGCAAUGGGACCCAAGACUAGUCCUCGCAUGAGGGAAGUGAUGAGCUGUCUCAUCAGACAUGUUCAUGAUUUUGCGCGAGAAGUGGAACUUACAGUAGAUGAGUGGAUGCAGGGAGUCGAGCUUCUCAAUGAGGCUGGAAGGAUGAGUGACAAUAAGAGAAACGAGGGACAAUUAGUUUGCGAUGUCAUUGGCUUGGAAUCCCUUGUGGAUGAAAUCACAUUCAAGAAAGCUACAGACGCAGUCGACGCUCCUACCGCAAGUGCGAUUCUCGGACCGUUCUUCCGACAAGAUGCUCCUGUGCUAGAGAACGAAUCUUCCAUAAUUCAAACGCCAGUCGAUGAUGGAGAGAUAGUAUAUAUGCAUGGAACUGUCACAGAUCAUAAGACCAGGGAGCCUAUAGCUGGUGCCACAGUGGAUGUGUGGCAGGCGUCCACCAAUGGAUUAUAUGAACAACAAGAUGAUGACCAAGCAGACAAUAACUUGAGGGGAAAGUUUAAGACUGACGAGAAUGGACAUUAUGGAUUUUACUGCUUAAAACCAACUCCAUAUCCUGUACCUUUUGAUGGCCCUGGCGGCAAGAUCCUACAGUUAUUGGACAGGCAUCCUUUUCGACCCGCGCAUAUCCACCUGAUCGUCCAACAUGAUUAUUACAAGCCUCUCACAACCCAGAUCUUCGACUCAAAGGAUAAAUACCUUCAAAAUGAUUCCGUCUUUGCCGUUAAAGAUUCGCUGGUUGUUGACUUCGUACCUUUGAAGAGUAAUCUCAAGGCAACAUUGGAGCUCAACUACCCUGUCAUUCUUGUUCCUCAAACCGGAGCAUAG